AUGGAUGUUGACUCAUUCCGUGGGUGGUUGUCCUUUGAUAACGUCAUGGGGGGUAUCUACGUCGUUGCGUGGUCUGUAUCGAUGUACCCACCAGUGACGACCAAUUGGCACUACAAGUCCACGAAUGGGGUCUCGCCCGAUUUUGUUCUGCUCAACACCAGUGGGUACAUGUACCAGGUAAUAUCAACCACUUUGCAGUUUUACGGGUGGAGACCCUCCUCGACAUCUGCUUCAAGGGGGGGUAAAGUACCAGUGGAGCAACCAAUUGUGACCACGUUUGAUGUGUGGUACGCUGUUCACGGACUCCUGCUGUGCUAUGCACUCCUGUCGCAGUACAUAUUGGGCAAGCAACUGUGGCAUUUCAGCGAGAACAGGCCCGUUACCAUGAAACCACUCUACAAGAAGAUACUACUCCUCUCCCUCACACUGUUUGUGGCAUCUACCGUACGGAUAUGUGUUGCCGUCUACACCACUGGCUGGGACAACUCAAAACUACUACAGUACACCAACGACCUCUACAUGCUUAAAAUAUCCAUGUCCAUCACUAAAUACAUACCGCAGAUCAGGUACAACUACGCCCGCAAAUCGCUCAAGGGGUUUGCCCUAAAAGCCGUGGUCUUAGACAUAAUCGGCGGUGUGGCCUCCAUCCUACAGCUGGUCUACCAGUUGGGCACAGCGCACGGAUUCCACUGGUCCACGUUCGUGUCCAACUUCGGCAAAAUCGGGAUGGCCCUCGUCACCAUCCUCUUCAGCAGCGUUUUCGUCGCGCAAUGGGUUGUAUAUAGGCCAGCAACAGAAUGCGGCGACUCGGAAAGAGCCGCGAUCCCAAUGCACAACCUGGUACCAGAUGCUCCUCACCAGGUUUGUUCGAGUAACGAUCCGCAAGCGACAUUAUAUAAGAUAUAA